AUGUCGAACGCUAAAUCCGUCAUACUAAUCCAGUAUGACACUCGGUUGAUCGCCAAAGUUCUGCAACAAAAGCUGGGACUCGGACUAACAGCUGACAGCAUUUUAAAUCCAGAUGCUGAAGUCGCACAAUCAAUUUUCUCCAACUUCAUCCGCUACAUCCUCAACGUCUCCGAGCAGAGCUUGUUAACGCUCCCGUUGUCGGCAGACAGUGGUCAUGAUCCAGAACUGCACAAAAAGACUAUUCCACUUGUAAUCAUAUAUCAGUGCAUAAGACUCACGAGUUUCCUAGUCGAUUUCAUCAAACUUCACGAGAUGUCUGCUCCAAUGUUCAACGAAAUCAGUGACGAAUUCAGCGAGCAGAAGCAAGAGAUGGAGCGCAUGCAGGAUGAGAUCAUUCAGGCGGAGAAACGCAAAAAUGACUUGAUUUCGAAACAAAGUUUGCGGAAGCGUCGAGAGAACGAGCUGAUGAACGAGCAUAGUAAAUGUAAAAGUGAAUUGGCUGGCGUUGUCAAUCAGUACACAGAUGUUGUGGAGAGAACAGAAGAUAUUGAGAAGCAGAAAACAGAAUUGAUUCAGCAAAUAGAAGAGAUAGAAAGAGAAAUAAUGACAGCGAAGAAAACAGUCGAACAUCUGACAGAAGAAGUGUUGGCAUCACCAGAAGAGUUGAAACAAGAAAUGGCAAAUAGAAAGAAGCAAAUCGAAGAACUAAAGGAGUCGUUGGUUGUUUCCAGGCAGACUCUCAAAUCAAAACUCGAAGCUCGCAACAUCUGUGCGAAUGCCGAGAAGAAUGUUCCGUUGAUAAAUCAGAGGAUUCAGGCAUGGUCAGAAGUCCGUGAGGACAUUCUCGAUAUGAUGGACGAAGUUGAGGAGAAGCUCCGAAAAUUGAACGAGAUACAAGAGCAGUUGGCGUUCGCUGCUGAUAAGACAACGAGCUCCGAGAAGCGGAUGAUCGAGCAAACCGAGAUGCACGAGCAGCUGAGAAAAGAGCAUUUGCAGCGAAGUGAGAAAUUGUACAAAAAUAUCGACGAAAUCGCUAGACAGAUUGCUGCACUAGGAACAAGUCAGCCGGAUGUGUCGAGAGACAUUGAGAAUAAGAGACAAGAGCUUCUCGCUGCCAAAAAUGCUCACAGUGAAAAGAUGGCUCUUAUCAACAACGCACAAAAAGAUGCUCUAGCCAAGCACCGAAAGAUUGACGACUGUUUCAAAGAGACUCAACGAGUUGCAGUGGAGAAACGAAACGCGAUGGAACGAAUUAAGAAUCGUGUGUCUAACUCGUACACGGGUCGUCUUCCCAGUGAUUACACAUUCAGUGCAUCCAGCAUCAAUGAAUCGGAAAACUGUGAUCCUCAGUCCCCACUCUCAAAUCUCGGUCCUCGCUCUUUGAAGCACGUUCAAUCGGCAGCCAGCUCAUCGUCUUCCGUGGUUCUUCUUCAUAAAAGUUACACCGAAUCAUCAGCGCCUCCGUCAACAAAUCGUAAACUACCCUACAAAACUCUUCGUCUCGCAUCGACUCAACAAGUCACAGAAUUCAUUCAAAACGGAGAACUUCCGACGUUCAAAAAGCAAGGCUCGAGAAGCACGAAUAACCCGUGGAGACGACAUGGAGCACUUCAGAAGUUGUGUGAGACGGGCGGUUUUGCACCGAAUAGCGGGUCGAAAAAGGAGAGAAAGAAUCGAGGAUCAUUGUUGGCGGUGAAGCAAAACGUAAAAGUUCCACCCGCGCCGACGUCUUCACAGAUGACACUAAAUAAGGUUAAGGAGCAGGGACAAUACGAAAUCAAGUUGGCAUUGAAAGCUCCAAAGAAUGUCGCUGUAGACGUUGCGGCGCAGAAUCUGGCUGAACAAGUGAAGGCUUUCGUUUUGCGUUACGGAUCUGAAUUGGUCGAAGAUGAACGAACUGCUCAAUCAAAAUGA